UGAGACCUUCCACUCUAUUCUAUCCUCUUUGAUCAUACGAUGCGACGUAAUGGAGACGGUAGAGUUGGCAGAAGAUGACUCUUUACGGACACAAUUUACUGUCGACGAUUUAGAUAUAGAGAUAUUACCGCUGAUUUAUGAAAUUAUUCGUAGUGUUGAAAAAGAUCCCCAUGAUACCACACAAAAGGCGAAAGAAUCACAAGAUACUAGUCAUAAGAUUUUAGAAUUACAGAAGAAAUUAGAUUCUGCAAGAUCACAGAUUAAAAGAUUACCAGGAAUAGAGUACAGCAAAGAAGAACAAUUACAGAAACUCGAAACUUUACGCAAGCAAUUAAGAUUGAAACGUGAGCUUCUGUUAAAAUAUCGUAAUACAUGUACAUUUGAGAUACCAAAAGUAUAAAUACGUACACCUAUUUGUGAAAAUAUAAAAAAAAUAAUUUUCUACAUUUUUCAAAAAUGCGUUUUUUAAGAGCUUUUUUCCAGUACUUAU